AUGUCGGACCGGUUUCCUAGUGAGUUGUCGAACGACUCGCAGGAUUCACUUGUCCAGAACUCAGAAACGUCAACCCCUGCACAGAUCCCGCAGAGAAGCUCCUCUGUAAAGAGAAACGGAUCCACCUCUUCGCAUUAUGAUAAUAUUAACGCAAAUUUGCAUGCUAGAGUGAAGGCGUUCCAAGAACAGAGGGCUUUGAAGAGAACGAGCAGCACGGGUAGCAAUAAAAGAAACUCAACGGAUUCGCUAGCAGGGCAGCCCAAACAGGAUGUACCCACCGGUGCGAACACCUCCUCGUCUAAAAAUAUAAACCACAUCGUUAACAAACCGCUACCCCCGUUACCACCAGUUACUGCUACGGACCCAGUUCAUGCGCAUUCUUCGAAACCAUCCCCGUCACCUCCACCUUCCUCUCUACCUUCACAAUUAGCAUCGUUUGCCUCUACAUCGCAGGAAGAUCUGUUGUUGCAAAAGAAUAAGCAGCAGCAGCAGCAACAGCAACAACAAACGAUGGGGCCUCCGAAACUUUCAUCCAUCCCAGCGUAUAAUAACUUAAAGAACCCAAAGGCUUCGAUACCGAUAUCGUUGCCCCGGAUGGAGAAGAGCAAGAAUAAAGAGGGCCGGUUGGAACAGGGAGAGGUGACGGUCGCGGCCGCAGCGGCGGAGUCUGUUACUGAGAGAAUAGAAUCGGGCUCUGCAGUCACUGGUGUCCCAGCCAUGAAAAGAUCCUCGAUGGUUAUCGAUUUAUCGACACAGAUAAGUAGUGUGUCCGUUGAAGAUACACCCGGACCAGUAGAGGGGGGCACGCGAAAUCCACAGGACGUAGUAGACGUCAGGACCCCUCCAAACGAACUGGACCCUCAGAAAGCGGGCGCUCACUCACCAAAAGUUAUAUCUCCAUCGCAGUUCAACCCAAUCAGAAGAGCACCAAAGAGACCACCGCUACCUAACGUCAGACCAAUGCAGAAUCCAACCAUCGUGGGGCAUGCCCCAGUGGUGCAAAACAGGCCGAAGCAAUCCUUGUCUGCGCGCCGUGGGCUAAAAUUACCACCCGGUGGGAUGUCAUUGAAAUCGUUGACGAGACCCACACCAUCGUCAAAGGCUGGGAAUGCCGCUGCAGGGGGGAACAAUACCCAUUUGCACGAGUUUGCAGCGAGCCCCGUUAACAAGAAUCAUCAUCACAGGCCAGGGGAGAAGAGGUCGAACCCGGGAUCCCUGAUAAACGGGGUUCAGUCACUCUCCACGUCGUCUGCAAACACGGAACAACGGGACACGGAGGGGACAGAACCAGUCGGGACGAUCGGUUCCAAUGGGUCCGGGUCCGGUGGCUCUGGUUCCGGAUCCGGUGGACUCUUCUCAAACUUCUCCAAGUAUGUGGAUAUCAAAUCUGGCUCUCUGAAUUUUGCUGGUAAAUUGUCGCUAUCAUCAAAGGGGAUUGAUUUCAGUAACGGUUCCAGCUCGAGAAUCACUCUCGAUGAAUUGGAAUUUUUAGAGGAGCUAGGACAUGGGAACUACGGGAAGGUUUCGAAAGUUUUGCAUAAACCGACAAACGUCAUCAUGGCAAUGAAGGAAGUAAGACUGGAGCUUGACGAGGCCAAGUUCAGGCAAAUACUGAUGGAGCUCGAGAUCCUGCAUAAGUGCCAGUCGCCGUACAUCGUGGACUUCUAUGGCGCGUUCUUCAUCGAGGGCGCAGUCUACAUGUGCAUGGAGUACAUGGACGGUGGGUCCCUAGACAAGAUAUACGAUCAGUCACCAGAGAUCGGUGGACUGGAUGAAUCGCAUCUUGCGUUCAUCGCAGAUGCCGUGAUCAGGGGGCUUCGCGAGUUGAAGGAGGUGCACCACAUCAUCCACAGAGACGUGAAACCGACGAACGUCCUAUGUUCGAAGAAGCAGGGGACUGUCAAGCUAUGUGAUUUCGGUGUCUCCGGGAACCUUGUUGCAUCGAUGGCCAAGACAAACAUCGGGUGUCAGUCGUACAUGGCUCCAGAACGUAUCAAGUCUUUGAACCCAGACAUCGCUACAUACACUGUCCAGUCGGACAUCUGGUCGCUCGGGCUCAGUAUACUGGAGAUGGCGCUGGGCAGGUACCCGUACCCUCCAGAGACCUUUGACAACAUAUUCUCGCAACUGAGUGCGAUCGUCGACGGCCCACCGCCAAGACUACCCGCGGGCAGAUUCAGCGCGGAGGCUCAAGAUUUCGUCUCCCUGUGUCUGCAGAAGAGACCCGAGCGAAGACCCACGUACGCGAUGCUGCUGGAACACCCGUGGCUGGUCAGGUUCAGAUCCGUGGACUUGAAGAUGAGCGAGUACAUAACGGAACGGCUCGACAAGAGGAAGCAGAUCCUGCAAGAGCGCGGCGAGGACAGCCUGCCAAAGGCCAUCCCAGCGCUGCACAUGGGCAUGGGGUCCGUGUGA